AGGCCCAAAAUUGAACCCAUUCUCCGUUCAUCGGAACCACACCGAUAUCCAAUGGGCCAAAUUUGAGAGCUUCUUCUCAACAAUGGCGGCGAUCGUGUCAUUUCCGUACUGGAAGAUGGACGGAUUUAGGGACAAAAGGCGGUUUCCAUUUUUCUCAAAAUUCAAGCUACUGACUGUGGUGUAAUCCUUCCCUGUUGAAGCUGAGGCGGAAGAAGGGAGCUUAGAGGAGCGUGGAGUGGCGGAAGAGAGCGAUGGGACGGGUUUUUGUUGUAGAAAGGGAAGGGAGGUCUUACAGAUGCAAAUACUGCAACACGCAGUUAGCUCUCUUCGACGACCUUGCAUCUCGGGCCUUUCAUUGCCGCCGUGGAAAAGCAUACCUUUUUAAUAACGCGAUAAACAUUUAUUUUGGAGCAUUGGAAGAGAGGAUGAUGCUCUCAGGAUUGCACACUGUAGCAGAUAUAUUUUGUUGCUCAUGUGGACAAAUUGUCGGGUGGAAAUACGAGGCAGCACAUGAGAAGAGCCAAAAGUACAAAGAGGGGAAGUAUGUUCUUGAAAGGGGGAGGAUAGUUGACGACAUUGAAUUCUCGACUGGCUUCUUUAUAGACUCCCGAUCUAGUGUCAGUGAUAGCGAAGAAAAUUAGAGCAAGAUUUUAUCAUGUAGUAUACAGUAAAUCAUAAUAAUUACCAAAUGAUGAUGUUUGUGUUUGCAUAUAAUCGAAUAAUGUGUGGACUAUUUAAAUGCAGAGUUAUCUAGGUAGGCAUGCCCAUUUUUCUUAAUUCUCCGACCUUUCUAGUUCACCACUCCAUUUUGUUCCUUAUUUUCAGAGCAACAAUUUCACUAACUUUCCGUUGCUGGAUGAUUCUCUCUUUCUAUCUCUUUUGACCCAUUUGACUCUGUAGUUGAGUGAUUGCCUCUAAGUCAUAUAAAGCUGCUGCAGGCUCCCAAACUAUGAUGUAAGUUUUUGGUCAUUGAUAUUAGUUGUUGAGACCUGAGCUUUCAGAAUGAUCAAUGAAUGUAUUUUUUCUUUUUUCUGCUAA